UACAAGACCUGAAAGUAAAAACGUCCGUGCAAGUGCUCUUCGAUUAGAGGAGGUAUGGCGGAGAAAAUCGACGAUUCCAUUUCCCUGCCAGUAGUAUUCAAUACUGCAUGCAGGCUUCACACCGAGCUCGAGGAGUACCAGGGUUCCUCAGCCGAAGAAAAAUACCAGCAAAAUGUCCAGAACAUCAUUGAUGGUUUUGAGCGAGCAACGCGUUUGGUCAACUCGUUGGGAUUAUUCAGCAGGAACGAACAAUUGGAAGACGUGUCCACACCAAGCAUGAAGUAUCUGAUGUGUCCAGCGUAUCUGAUGGAUGCUACGUUAAAGGUUUCUGGAAUCGACAAGCGCUUGGAGAACGUCAGAACUGCCAAAGUAUAUGCACAGGACUUUCUCACACGAUGCAAGGAUUACGGUAUCACAACUGAAAGCCUGGACAGGGAUGGUAGCAUGGAGCUGUCAGCUGUUGCAUCGUCUGGCCAGCCGUCUUCAAACUCAUCUACGGCAGCAGCGCGCAUGGAGGCAAUGGCCGCACAGCGACGUGCAGUCCUCGAGCAGCAUCGGCAAAAGAAGCUACUGCAGGAGCGCGUCCAGGAACUCGCCAAGCGCAUCAGUGAGGACGGUGACUCUGUGGAUGAUGAGCUAGAGCGUGACUACAGCAAAACCCUCAUGCGCUACUGGAUAAACAGAGUCAAUGUUGACCUUCGGACAGUUGAUCAGGAACUUGAAAUUCUGGCUCAUCGUGAAAAGAUGAUGCAACAGCAGGGUGGCAAUGGUGCAGCAGCAGCAGCUGCUGCUGCAAAAUCUGCACCACCAGCUGAACGCCGGCCAUUCAAGCCGGUCGUCAUCACGCGAGACAAGAUCAAGGCUGGUGUUUUUGGAGCCGGUUACCCCAGUCUCCCCACUAUGACCAUGGAGGAGUUCUAUCAGAAGGAGUGUGAGCCUAUCGUCAGAGAAUAUGAUGAUAAGAAAGAGGUGGAGCGUAUCCAGGCGGAUCGUAUCAAACGUGGCCUGGAAGAGGACCCAGCGGAGGCACCGGAGCAUGACAGCGGUGACGAUCACGAUGACGAGGAGAAGCUUCGUCGGCAGCGUGCCAAAGACGACUGGAAAGACGACCACCGCCGUGGUUAUGGGAAUCGUCACAAUCGAAGCUAAUGCCCGAGGUCCACACGAGCGCUCGCCAUCCAUGUGUGCGCCACUUCCGCACAGUUGUUCUGCUUUGAACGACACCAGCCCAUGCAUGCACACGCUUGCGUGUGUGUGUGUGUCGUGCAGCACAUUCAACCUUGCCAUUGCUGUCCACCGCCGCUAUAUCUGGAAUACUUGAGCAAAUCAUUGAUUCAGGAUGCUUGCCAACCGUUGCCCUUGUGUGCUGCUUCUACUGCCUACCACACCUUGUAAUACUAAUAGUCAGGACGUCAUACAGAGCUUUUUUGGUUGCUCGCACAGAAUAAGUCCUUUCCAUGGAGAGUUGUAGAAAUACACUUUGUAAGGGGUUCGUCACCUUCAUUAUAGGAAAUUACUUUUGUGUUUGUGUAGCUUUCUCAUCUUUUUCCAAUUUAUCAAAAAUGAUUCUAAAAAUUAAUCUGAUUCCGGCUAGAUCACACGUGACCUUCCAUACAAACAACACUUCAAAAUAAUUAAAAUAGAAGAAAUUACAUGGAAACGA